AACCAUUUUUUUAGGUUUUAGAUAAACCCUGGUGGGAAGCGUUUACACAAUUUGAAAGCUUGGAACGAAGAAGAUUUGUCGCUCUGAAUCUUGAGGCGUUUUAAUCUCUACCAUUCAUGGCAUGUAAUUCCUCAGCCUGCCAGUCCAACUGCUACAGAAAUCAACAUGAUGAACAUACAAUCGAACAAGAUUCACCUCCUUCAAGCAGGCCCGAUACACCAGCUGCCAUGGAGGCUCGUCGAGUUAUCACGAAAGACGACAAUAGUAAUACGAAUCUCUGCUUUAAAUGUAAGUCCAAGGAACGUAUGUCUACCUCCGGAGUAGGAGACGAUGGACGAUUUUGCAGUGAUUGCUUUCGGAGCAACUUGUUUGCUAAGUUCCGGCAGGCUGUAACCUCUAACGCCAUGAUCUCUCCUUCUGAUAAAGUGCUUGUUGCGUUCUCUGGAGGCCCUUGUUCCAGGGUGGCUUUGCAGUUUGUUCAUGAAAUGCAAGUAAAAGCACACAAUAAUUUUGAAGCAAGUAGGGAUAGAUCACUGCAAGUUUUUGGUGUCGGAGUUGCUUAUAUCAAUGAAACUGCUGCUUGUUCUAUCCCUUCGGACGAGAUAGACAAAACAGUUCAAACCAUCCAAUCGGUUGUGUCAAGUCUCUGUCAACCAAGAAAAAAUUUGCAUAUUGUUCAAAUUGAGAGUGUAUACUCUUCAAAUUUGAAUGAUGGAAGGGAGAAGUUGAAGAAGCUGUUAGAUGCAGUCAAUGACGUCACAGGAAAAGAAGACCUUAUCUCAUAUUUGCGGAUGUUAUCCUUGCAAAAAAUUGCAGCUGAAAAUGGGUACAACAGACUUCUAGUUGGAACAUGUACUUCAAGGAUUGCAUGCCAUGUGAUUUCGUCUACGGUUAAGGGCCAAGGGUAUUCCUUGCCGGGAGAUGUACAGUAUAUUGAUGCAAGGUGGGAGGUUCCAGUUGUACUUCCUCUACUUGACUGUCUUGCGCAAGAGCUCAACAUGCUUUGCUGCGUUGAUGGUCUAAAGACAGUGGAACUGACCAAAAAGUCCAGUUCUGGCAUCAAUGACCUGGUCUCCUCAUUUGUGGCUCUUUUGCAGGUAGAAAAUCCUUCUCGUGAGUCUACAAUUGUGAGAACUGCUGGAAAGCUUACUCCAUUCAAUUUUAGCAGAAUACCAGAUUUGAACGAAAGUAAUAAUGUUCCUUUGGCCACGAAAAGGCGCCAACAGAGAAAUAACUUUAAGCAUGUUAACUCUUUAUCUUCGGAGUCAUUUUGUGCAGUCUGUAAUGGGCCACUUAACACGUCAGAUGUGCUAACUCGCCAUGCAGGUUCAAGUAUUUUAGGUGCUUGUUGUUCAAGUUGUCAAUUUCAGAUUCUUCCCAAGGAUUCUUCAUCUCAAGAACUGUUUCUUUCACUCUUGCCACCCUCUAUGGUUGCUCGAGCCACACAUGGCAGCCUUGGCAAUUCCAAUUCGCUAAGGAAGAAAAUACAGGAGUUCUUACUCUCAGAUGAUGAAGCUGAAUCAUAAUUCAGGAGUUAUUUUCCCUCAGUUCAACAACUGGUAAUAUUGCCUUGUGAUCUAUAAAUUGAAUUGAUUGCUAAUUAGGGAAUCAAGGGUGAAUUCAAGAUAUAAUUGACUUCUGUGCAUCCUCAUUGUUCUUUCUAUGGCUAUUGGUUUCCAUAAUGAAGGAUCAGAAGUCCACAUUGAGAAGGAACCAAGGGCGAAACCAACUAUUAGUCACUAGAGUUGUCUCUAAUAAAACCAUGUCUGGAGACCGCACAUUAUAUAAAAUUUAUUUUCCUAUUUUUUAAAUAUAUUGGGUUGUUGAAACUUGAAACUCUAAUGUUAGUUAGAGAUAUAGGAAAAGAGUUUAUUGUGGUCUGCCUUGUCUAGUCAUUUAUUGAAAGCUCUCAAACCUAUUAUGCAUAAAAAGAAAAGAAACCUUACCUGAACUUUGGGUAUUUUGAAGAUUGGUAGUCAA